GGAGUAGUGUGUGUGUCUCGCCCCAGGAGGAACUAGUGAGGACUGGUUGGCUGGCCCUUCACCCUGGUCCUUAAGAAUCUCAACGAAGACUUAUGUCAGAAAUAGUCAAGGAAACUCCUGAACCAAAAGACGACACGAUGCGACGAGUGACUCCAGUGGUCUUCUCGAUCACUUUUGUGAGGCAUGGUGAGACAAAAGCCAACAGAGAACAACGGAUCCAGGGCCACUUAGAUAUUCCUCUGAGCUCUGUUGGGGAGAUGCAGGCAUCACAGGUUGGAACAAGGCUGUGUAAAGCAGAUUUCACAAGAGUUUAUGCAAGUGAUUUGUGUCGAGCUUAUUCAACAUGUGAACUCAUUCUUAAAGAAAAUUCUUGCAAACCUCCUCCUAUCAAGAUUGACACCAGGUUGAGGGAAAGGAAUUUUGGGAGUGUGGAAGGCAUGAGCCUGGAUGAUGUCAAGGUCAUGGCAGCAGCAGAGGGCCUCACCUGGCCAGACUUCAACCCAUCGGGAUCGGAGACGUUAGGUGUUCUGCAGGGGAGGAUGGUCUCGUUCUUUAAGGAAUUGAGUCAGUCCGUGUACGACAAAAACAAGCACCGAACAGCAGGUAAUGCUGACAACUUCCCUGAAGACCGAGAAGACGCAGAGGAUAUGGAGAGCCUUGAGCCAUUAGAAGAAGUCGUCCCAGUGGAGAAGAUUUUGGUGGUGAGCCACGGAGCGGCUCUCAAACAGCUCUAUGUUCACCUCCAUAAGACUCUUGGCUGUCAGCUCCCGGGCGAUCCCGAUAUAAUAAACAGAAUCUCUCCGAAUACUGGAAUUACAGAGUACAUAGUAAGGUUUAGCCCAAAGAAAUAUGGUCUACACUGUGUGCGAAUUCACGACGGGGACCACCUCCAGGAUCUUUAAUGAAGGUCAUGCUAUAGACGCCAAGCAGCGGUAUUCAAAGAUCGAGGCGUGUGACAUCGUGGCUUUGGGAGUCGUUAUCAGUGUGUUCAGUAUUCUGGGCUGGGUUGUGGUGCCUCUCAAUUCCAAUAUUCAGAGAGAGAGAGAGAGUGUUGUCAGUCAUCUUAGCUCCUUCCUAUUUAUUGAUUAAAAUAUAAAGCUUCUGCAGGGAUAAAUGUAUAUAAGCUAAUAUUAGUUGAAUGUAGAAAUAGAGGACUUAUUAAGGUGAGUUUACACGGGACAAUUUUUAUUAUUAGAGAACCCAAAAUGAUUACAGUACUUUACUUUAUUUUAGGACAUGCGAGAAACAGGAAACUAAAACUCAGUAGGAAUAAAGUCUUAUCAUAUCAUUGUGAAGGUAAAUAUUCUUCACAAUGAUCAGACUUUAUUUCUACUGAGUUUUAGGUUCAUGUUUGUCCUAAAAUACUGUAUAUAAUCAUUUAAGGUUCUAGAAUAAAAUAAAGUCACCCUUUUUAAUCAGAGUCUUCAAUUGAUUAUACAGUAUUUGUUUCUGGUUUAUCGGUAGGUAUUUUUUCCUGUUAAAGACCACACUACUGAUAGUGUAGUCAUAACUGUACUUGUGAAAUUUAUUGGUACUGUACUGAAGGUUGUAAUGCAUCACCUGUGUACUGGGCCAUACCGGUUCCUUCUGAACCAUGAAUCAUAGUUGUUCAUUGUUACCAUAUCACAGCAAGUUUUUAGUGUAUAUAAAUACUUAAAAUGGUAAAGAAAACAUUUUACCCUCAGACAUUCAAUAUAAUUUUCUCCAUAACUUUGA